AUGCCGACCGCCGUUGCUGUUUCCACCAGCACCACGGCAGUGAGUUCCAAGGGCGCCAUCUCAAAGAAAGGCUCGAAGAAAACCGCUAUGAAAAUGAGCAGGAAAGGCGACAAGAAGCACAGGAAGAGCAGGAAGGAGAGCUAUAGCAUCUACAUCUACAAAGUGCUGAAGCAGGUCCACCCGGACACGGGCAUCUCCUCCAAGGCCAUGAGUGUCAUCAACUCGUUCGUCAACGACAUCUUCGAGCGCAUCGCCUCCGAGGCUUCCCGUCUGGCGCACUACACCCGCCGCCAGACCAUCUCCUCCCGGGAGAUCCAGAGCGCCGUCCGCCUCCUGCUGCCCGGGGAGCUGGCCAAACACGCCGUGUCGGAAGGCACAAAAGCGGUCACCAAGUAUACCAGCUCCAAGUAA